CUUCUUAAUAAAUAAUUUAAAAACAUUGAUAUUUCCUAUAUUUUUAUUUGGAUGACUUAUGAAAUAAAGCUAAAAAAGUAAACAAACAAAUAAAUUAUUUCGUUUUAAACCUUUUCUUUUUAUUAAGUGCUAUGAUAAAUGAACUAAUAACAUGGGUGUUAAACACCUAUUUGGGCAAAUAUCUUGAAGAUUUUAAUCCAGCUCAGUUAUCUAUUGCUCUUAUGUCAGGUGAAGUCGAAUUAGAAAAUGUUCCAAUCAGGAAGGAUGCGUUAAGAUCAUUUGGAAUACCAGUUGAAGCUAUUUCUGGCAGUAUUGGCAAAAUUAAACUACAGAUUCCCGUAAGGCAAUUUAGAACUUCUCCCUGGUGUAUUGUGAUUGAACGUGUAUAUGGUGUAUUCGGACCUAAAAAUGUAAAUGAUUGGGAUAAUGAAAAAGAAAAACAAGACGAAUAUGAAUAUAAACUUAAUAUUUUGGAUGCAAAAGAAGCUACAUGGAGAGUAGAAAAUGAUUGUAAUGUGGAAAGCUAUUACUCGUUAUCAUAUUCAAGUUGGUUAAACUAUGGUGCAACAUUAGCUACAAAUAUACUGGAAAAUCUGGAGUUAAAAAUUAUUGAUGUACAUUUACGAUAUGAAGAUACAGUCACAGCUCCUAAUUUUCCAUUUUCUGCUGGUAUACGAAUACAAUCUCUUUCGGCGCAAACUUGUGAUGCCAGUUGGAUGCCUGGAUCUAAAAACAAUAGUAAUAAUGUAUCUUAUAAAUUGCUGGAAUUAAAAGAUCUAUGUUUAUAUUGGGAUCAACUGCACGAAAGUAACAUGUGCUCCAAAUUAGCAUCCAAAGACCUUUUGGUAAACAUGAAUAAUUUAUGUAAAAUGGAAAAUCACAUAUUUGUAAUUAAUCCUAUAAGUGCUACUGCCAAAUUUAAAAGAGAACGUUGCAAACAAGCUAUAAGGAAUAAAAGUCGGCCUCGAAUAUCUUGUGAUGUUGUAUUACCACAAGUCAUUGUCGUGAUAAAUGAAGUGCAGUAUAAGGAAAUUAUAAAGUGUAUAACAUUUCUUCAAAGUAUUAAACGUUUAAGAUCGUUUAAAAUUUGCAGACCCAAUAGUGAAAUUGGAAAAAACGCUAAAAUUUGGUGGAGAUAUGCAGCGACUUGCCACGGAUUUCAUUUUCGAAGUAGCGAUGAAAAAUGGAAAAUCGCUAAAGACAACAUACGUUAUAUUAAUAUAUAUAAACGUUUACUAAUUAAUCCAACGGAAAAUAUAUCAAAAGAUGAUAAACAAUUUAAAAUGGAAAUGGAAAAACUUCGAUGUCUUGAAGAACUUAAAUUUCUAAGGGAGAUUAGUUGUAGAAAUGUUUCUGCAAAAGGACUGAUAAUAAGAAAUCGAAACUUGAACCAAGGCAAAGGUAUUUUGUAUCAUUGGUUUCCAAAUUGGCUUGGUUGGUAUGGAAACACAACGACAAAUGAUGAAAAAUAUGAAAAAAUUGAGGAUGAUAUUUUGAUUGCAAUUAAAGAAACAAUUGAAAAUGACUCAUUCUCUAAUCGAGAUGCAUUAUUUGCAAAUUUCACUUUUGCUCUUUCUGAGGGUAGGAUAUCUUUGAUGUCAGAACAAAUGCACAAAAAUAUGAUUGCAUUAGAAAUGGAGUUCGAAAAUCUUAUAUCAUUUAUAGAAAUCAAACCAAAAUUUAGUUCCUAUUGCGUAGGAAUAUCGUUAGGUUCAGUGUGUCUAAAUGAUAAAUUAACAGAUAUGACUGAAUUUCCGUAUAUAAUAAGACCGCAAACUCAAGAAAAUCAGAAAUCUUUGUAUAGUAAUUUCAUAGGAUUUUUUACAAAAAAAGAUAUCAUAGACGGAAAUGAACCUUGGUUUCAAUUGCAAUAUGAAAAGAAUCCCGCUGAACAUAAAUCAGAUUACAGAUUAACAAUUAACUCAAAAAGUCUUGAUGUUGUUUACAAUGAAAAUACGUUCAAAUGGCUAAUAAGCUUUUUCACUAGACCAAUAAAUGAUCUAAAAGUAAAUAUGUAUAUGAUUUCUGAAAAAGAACAUAACGAGUCUCGUUUAAAAUUCUUCAAGAACUGGAAAAGUGUGCUUAUGGGACAAAAGGAUUAUAGGAAAAAUUGGUCAUUUGAAAUUGAUAUUUCUGCGCCUAGAAUUAUAUGUGUCGACAAUUUUAAGGAUAAAAACUCGUCAGUAUUUGUAAUAGAUUUUGGACGAUUUCAGCUUUUUAAAAAUGAACGUAAUACUGAUAGUAUUAGUUUAUUUAAAAAUAAUCAAGACGUGGAAAGUGAUGACGAACUUUUUAUGACGCCGUGUUCAACACCACCGGGAUCAAAAGUGAGUCCAUCAGAUUCGCCAACGACAAUUACAUCAAUCGGUCACGAAACUUCUCACAUCUCCAAAUUUAUUAUAAACAAAGACACUGGUUUAGAAAAUACUAUGUAUAGUGAAAUGUAUGAUAAAUACAUAAUAAAUCUUACAGAUUUACAAGUGCUUGUAUGUAAAAACCGAGAAUGUGCUUAUGUAUGUUCUAAAACUUCAUCUAGCUUUCAUUUGCUAGACAAAUUUAAUAUAUCAAUUCAGCUAGAAAGGCGAAUUGUUAACACAACUGACCCGGAAUUUCCUGCGAUAACAUUAUUCGGAAAUUUACAUAAAAUCGUUGCACAUGUUAAUGAGCAAAAAAUAUCGGAAAGCUUAAGAAUUCUAAAUCAAAUUACACUGGAGAUAUGCAAAGCAAAAAAUGACUCAGAUGUGAAUGAACCGUACAAUGAAAUGAAUUUAGAUGAAAAUAACGAAUUUAAGGAAAAUACGAAUACAACAGUUUUACAGUUUGUAAUUGGCCAGAUGAUUCUAGACGUUCAGUCCAGGGAAAAAAGCAUAGCCGAACUGCAAAUUAUAGGUGCAAAAGCAGGAAUAACAAAAAAAAGUGGAGAAAUAAGUAUCAAUAUGUCUGUUCAUGGAUUCUUACUAGUAGAUGCCAUCCAGUCUUUUGGUCACGAUUUUGAGCUACUAAUUGCGAGCCAUCGACAUGUUGAGAUGGAUAGUAUAUCUGGAAGUUUAAAGCAAAGCGAGCCUUGUUCUCCAAUUUCCCCAGGAUCGCCAGAUCCUAAUGGAUACCAACGACCAACUAGCCCGCACAUUAUAAACAAAGUUGUGAAUGAUAUACAAUUAGGAAAAAACUAUGAUUGCGACACUGAUGAUGCUCUUAUAACUAUAGAAAUCAAUAUUAUUGAAUCAAUGGACAACAUUGAACCAAUCCAAAUUGCGAAUAUAACUUUCAAUAACUUGGACGUUAUUGCUAAUCAAGAGACGAUUGUGGAACUUCUUGGAUUUGGAAAACGAAUUAUUGAUAAUUAUAAACUAUACCAAAGCAACCUUAAAACAUAUACGAGUAAAGUAAAAGCUACUGAACGUAAAGACCCCAUUGAGGUGGAACAAGUUAAAACUGAAAUCAAUUUUGAUUUUCAUCGCUUAAACAUUUUAGUACUAAGAAGUUUAAGAGUUGAAAAUGGAAAUGUUGGUCGUAAAGUUGGAACACUUACGAUGAGCGAAGCCAAAAUUCAUGCAACGUUGGGAAAAGAUUUGUGCGUUGCAGGUGCAUUGGGAGGCAUACAAAUUAUUGAUAUAACGCCAGAAGGUUUUAACCAUCAACGUAUUUUUUCAGUUGGCAAGGAUCCUUUAACUGAUCCACCAAAUUUGUUUGAAAAUGAUGCGAUGUAUACACUUAGUAAUGAAAUGCAUGGGAUGGACGAUGACGAAUUUCAAUAUACCAACGCAUUGAGUUUUAAGAUAACGCAAGAUAAAAAUUCUUCAGUUGUAAUAAAAGUGCGAAUGGCAUCAGUUUGGUAUACUCAUUGUCCUAGAUUUAUCGAAGAAAUAUAUUUGUGCGUUAAAGAAUUUAAACAAUAUUUUAAAAAUUUUGUAAAAUCUUUACGAAAUAAGGCGACACAUAUGGCUAAAGGCCUUGUACAUCACAUUAGUUCAACUAGAUUAAAAAAAAAUAACAAUACAUUUGGAGAUAUUUCAGGUUGUCUCGGAUUUUUGCUCAUAUCUCCGGUAUUUAUGGACCGAUUCUUCCCAGCUGAAUUAUAUCAGUCUUCCCAGCUGAAUUAUAUCAAGAACAUUACAAAAUCUAAAGAUGCCUGGAAUAAACUUAAAGAAGUUUAUGAGCCUAGUGGACCAAUGCAGAAUAAAAAUAUGAAGGACAUUAAAGAUAUGGCAGAAUAUCUAAACAAUUUUUGCGACAUUACGGAGAAAUUAGCUAAUGUUGGAAUACGUAUACAAGAUGAAUUAGGAUGA